CGCACAAGGCGCAUGCUCAGAGGCACUCUUCCCUUCCCACGGGUCCGACCGAGUCCUCCUUAAGGCCUCUUACCCCGCAACGCCGCGCCUUUCGCUUUGCACGCCAGCACAAGCCGCUGACCCCACCCCAAGCCGACGAAGAUAGGCGGCGCGCCAUCCUUUGCCCGGCCCUCUCUUGGGUGCUCUUGUCCAGGCAAGCAGCUCUCGCCGUGGCCCACUCUUGACCCCAAGGGCGGUGCUUUCCGCGGCAGUCAUGUCAUUCCGGAAGGUUGUGCGCCAGAGCAAGUUCCGCCAUGUCUUUGGGCAGCCUGUCAAGAACGACCAGUGCUACGAUGACAUCCGGGUAUCACGGGUCACCUGGGAUAGCACCUUCUGUGCUGUCAACCCCAAGUUUGUGGCUGUGAUUGUGGAGGCCAGUGGGGGAGGGGCAUUCAUGGUGCUCCCGCUGCACAAGACAGGGCGCAUUGAUAAGUCCUACCCUACAGUAUGUGGGCACACAGGGCCUGUUUUGGACAUUGAUUGGUGCCCACACAAUGAUCACAUAAUUGCCAGUGGUUCUGAGGACUGCACUAUAAUGGUAUGGCAGAUCCCAGAGAAUGGGCUGGCAUUGCCUCUAACAGAACCGGUAGUGGUUCUAGAAGGACACUCAAAGCGCGUGGGCAUCAUCACUUGGCAUCCAACAGCCCGCAAUGUCCUUCUCAGUGCAGGCUGUGAUAAUGUGGUUAUCGUAUGGAAUGUGGGCACAACUGAGGAACUUUACCGCCUCGAUGACCUGCAUCCAGACCUCAUCUAUAAUGUCAGCUGGAAUUGUGAUGGCAGCCUCUUCUGCUCAGCUUGCAAGGACAAGAGUGUGCGCAUCAUUGACCCACGCCGUGGGCAGGUUGUUGCGGAAAAGGAGAAAGCCCAUGAGGGAGCACGUCCUAUGCGGGCCAUCUUCUUGGCUGAUGGGAAGAUCUUCACAACAGGCUUCAGCCGUAUGAGUGAACGACAGUUGGCACUCUGGGACCCUGAAAAUCUCGAGGAGCCCAUGGCAUUGCAAGAGCUGGACUCAAGCAAUGGAGCCCUUCUUCCCUUCUACGACCCUGAUACCAAUGUUGUCUAUGUCUGUGGCAAGGGAGACUCAAGCAUCCGGUAUUUUGAGAUCACAGCAGAAGCACCCUACAUCCACUUCCUGAACAUGUUCACUAGCAAAGAACCACAGCGUGGCAUGGGAUGGAUGCCCAAGCGAGGUCUGGAUGUCAACAAGUGUGAGAUUGCCAGGUUUUACAAGCUCCAUGAGCGCAAAUGUGAACCAAUUAUCAUGACAGUGCCAAGGAAGUCAGAUCUGUUCCAAGAUGACUUGUACCCAGACACAGCUGGGCCAGAAGCUGCCAUGGAAGCAGAAGAAUGGGUGGCAGGGAAGACAGCAGCGCCUAUCCUAAUCUCGCUGCGUGAAGCCUACGUGCCCACGAAGCAGCGGGACUUCAAAGUCAACCGAAGGAGCUUGUUACACGAGAGCCAUCCUGCCUCUGCCAGCACGGGGCCGAGUGCCACACACCCUAGUGCCACAUCCCAGUCUGCUGCCACACCUGCUGUUAGCACUGGCACGGCCAGUGGGGAAGGUGGGCAGAUAGCUGAGGAGAUGCUGCAGGAGGUAGCAGCACUGCGAGCACUUGUGGUUGCACAGGGAGAGCGCAUCACAUGGCUGGAGGAGCAGCUGAAUCGCAUGAAGAACGGCGACGUCUAGGAGUCUUGGCUACUGAAGGGACCUCACCAACAUGGAUCUUCUUCAGUGCUUCAUCCUUUUUGAGCUGCCAGUAAUCCCUCACACUGCCUCAUCCUACCAUAUGGUGCAAGAAAGGGACUUGCCCUCUCUUGCUACUACUGGGGAAAUGUAUUGGGUUUUGUUUCUGAACAAGCCUCCUUUUCUUAUUGCUCCCCCAUUCCAUUUUUUAACCAAGGGGCGGUUGUUGGGCUCUGAACAUCUGUCCUUUUGCCUUAUUUUGUUCAGGGUCCUCCUGCUCUGUCCCAUUCCGAUGGCUGGGGUUAGCCUCGCCCUCCCUGUAGGGACCAUAACUAGCUAAGUGCUCUGCCUGAUUCGUUCUUGCUCUCCACUAUUUCUACAGCAGACAGGUUUGGUUGAAAGCUAGUGCCUCCUGUUAUAACAUGGGGUAUGAUAUGCUGUUGAGGUAGCCAUACUUUUUUUCCUCAUUCCCCCACUAAAACCACUGAGAUCCUGUUGAGGAGGAUUCUUCUGCUACCUUUCCUGAAUUUAUAUUUGCAAAGACACCAUGGAGGUGACCAGUGAGCACGACUGUGAAAGAAACCAGCCAUCCAGUCACUGUCCUGAGAUUACUGUAUCUGGGACCACGCCCCUCUCCAGCCCUCAGAAAAGCAGGUUCUGACUAAAUACAAAAAAAAGAGGGUGGGGGGAAUUAUUCAGGGUCAAGAUCUAUAUUUUCAUUCCAAAUAAAAAGUCUUUAUAAAGCCAA